CCCAGUACAGGAAACAGUGGUCUCGCUACAUAGCUUUUUCUGCAUGCACACAUCAACACAUCUGCCCUGUGGAGCGGAAAUGAACUGAGACUUGGGGAGAGGUGGGUUGGUUUUCAGGAGUGCACAGUUCCUGCUCUUAAAGACAGCAGACUGUUCUCGGCAUCGGAGAUCCAGUAGCUCUCUGCUCUCUUCCCACAAUCCUUCAGGAAGUUAGUCACCCCCGAAGUUGGAUCUCACAGCCACACCAUGAGCGGAAAACGGAAACUAAGUUUCAAGUGGUUUGGGAGUCUCUCCAACCUUUCUUUCCGUCGUGGCUCCGCAUCUGACAAAUCCACCGCCAAGUCACCGUCCUCCAAGUCUGAUGGGGGCCAAGUUCCGAAUGCACAAUCCUCCCCCGUCGCGGUAGCGACGACGGUUGAUGACAUGGACAUGAUGCGCCCGCGCACCUCCAGCUACGCCCGCUCCAGCGACAGCUACACCCACAUGGGCACCUUGCCCCGCCUCCUCCAAAGGAAGAGGGACAAGAGUGUGAAUACUGUGAAAGGGAGAACCAAGAAGACAAAAGAGAAGACAGGGACGGAGCUGGGCAGGAGUCAGAGCCAGAGGCCAGCGGGUGACUGCGUAUGUAACUCCCCUCUGCUCAUGGUGCUGUCCAACCAGCCUCGCUCCAGACAAGAAAAGCCUCUCUCAUCUCCAUCCGCCCAGGCUGGCCCUGGUCCAAGCCUCGGAAAGGAUCACGGGCUGCCUCAUAGAGGGGGAUCACUCGGUAGGAGUGGUGACAGAUACGCUGUGGCCCAUUGUGAGGGAGGAGAUCCACACCAAGGGCAGCUGACGUCGCAGGAGGUGUGGUCGGGUACAUCUAACGCCGCUCCAGUCACUUGUGAAGACCAGUCCAAAAAUGAUCCAGGCACAGACGCAGCCUCAACUUUUAGGGCCAAAAUGGACCUGCCUCCCCUGCCUGGCCAGCUAGAUUCAAUGUCCUCACAGACCCAGGCCUCUGUUCACAACAAGCCAUCUCCAAGACCCGACUUUCUAAUGAAAACCCAGCAAAAGCCUGAAAGCCGGGUCACCCAGCAGAGUGAAGAGGGCCUCCCCAGGGAGAGUGCUGAUAACGUGGGGACAGACGAUAACUCCAGCUCCCUCCUCGAGACUGCUUCCUGUGCUUCUAGUGGAAGAAAUAGUGGACAAAAUAAAGCUACUAAACCCGUGAAAAGCCCCACGGAGCCAACAGAGGAUCGGGGUGAAUACGUUGAGUUCUCCAAGGAGAAGUACCUGCUGGAGUCACCACCGGAGAAGCUACGGAAAGAGCUGGAGGAGGAGCUUAAACUCAGCAGCAGUGACAUCCGGAGUCACGGGUGGUACCAUGGUCAUAUCCCCCGCGAGGUGUCAGAAACAGUGGUUCUGCGAAAUGGUGAUUUCCUGAUCCGAGAUUCGCUGGUUAACAUGGGGGAUUACGUCCUAACUACUCGUUGGAACCAUGAGGUUCUACACUUCAAGAUCACCAAGGUCCUGGUCAAGACCAGUAAUGACUCAAAGGUCCAGUACCUGUUAGAGACGGAAAGCUUCAACUCCAUACCUGAGCUAGUCCGGUUUUACGUUUCUGGGCGGCGGCCUGUCUCCCAGCCCAGUGGGGCUCAGAUCUACUGUCCAAUCAUACGCACCCUCCCUCUGCGCUACCUAGAAGCCACAUUUGCCUUAGCCAAUAGCAGGCAUGGCUCGGCCCACUCGCCAUCCAGUCAGAGAGGAGCGUAUAUCAAGAGGCGGAGCGUAACCAUGAAUGACGGAUUGACCACAGAAAAGCUGAUUCCUCACAGUGACGUGGAGUCCACCAGUCCAGUGGAACCACCAGUUCUCCAGGUACAGGUCCAAGUCCCAGGACCGACCCUGCUACCGCCGAUACCAAAUCUAGGAGCGGAGGCCGCUGCUGUCGCAGUGUGCAGGUGCCCUUCUACCAUUCACAACCACAAGGACGCCCUGAGGAACUGCGCCAUGAGCAUGGAUCAGAUCCAGGAAUAUCGCUGCCCCUUGUCGCCCGUCGGGGAAACACCUCUUUCCCCAGCAUACAGCCACGUCCACAGACACAGAACCCAAUCUGGAGGAAGGGUUUUGGCCACGGUGCCCCCCUCCCCGGUACUGAGACGGUCCAGCGACCCGCAGCUCAGCCCAGGCUCCAACAACAACCUCCCGGAUGUGCUAGCCGUUAGCUCCACCCCUGGCCACGGCCCCUACCCAGCCCCGGCAGACGGCUCCGAGACGGGGGGAAGCUACUGCGAUCUCCGGCCCUCCCCGGGCCCCUGUCCCGGGGUCCAGCCGUGCGCCGUGCCUCCCACGCCUCCGGCUAAGAGCUACGUGGAGCGGUUGCGCGUGGAGGAGGGACGGGGAGUCGUCCCGGAGAGGGAGGAGGGGGCCGGGGGGGAAGCGUUCAGCGCCCCCCUGGUGGAGACGGCCUCUUCCUUCCGACCGGGGAAGUACAUCUCGUCCCUGAUGCCACAAGAGAACAAGCCCUUGGAGAUGAGCGUACUGAAGAGAAUCAAAGAGCUGCUGGCGGAGGCUGACGCCAGGACGGUGGCUAAACACAUCACGAUGGCAGACUGCAAGGUUGCUAGGAUACUUGGCGUUACCAAGGAGAUGCAGAGGAUGAUGGGAGUAGGUUCAGGGCUGGAGCUUUUGACUCUUCCUCACGGGCAUCAAUUGAGACUUGACCUGCUGGAGAGGUUCUACACUAUGUCCAUAAUGAUGGCCGUGGACCUGCUGGGCUGUACCGGAAGCACAGAAGAGAGGGCUUCGCUGCUCCACAAGACCAUCCAAUUGGCUGCCCAACUCAAGAGUAACCUGGGGAACAUGUUCGGCUUUGCUGCUGUGAUGAGAGCAUUGGACUUACCACAGAUCUCACGUCUGGAACAGACAUGGAUGACGUUGCGCCAGAGGCACACAGAGGGAGCCAUCCUCUAUGAGAAGAAGCUCAAGCCCUUCAUGAAGAACAUGAACGACGGCAAAGAGAGCAGUGUGCUGUCCAACACGUCGUUCCCUCACGUCAUCCCUCUGCUGGCUCUGCUGGAAAGGGGUGUGGCGGUGGGGGAGGGGUUAGGGGUGGGGAUAGAAGCCUGGGAGAACGCGGAGGCGGGGGUUGAUGUGGUGAUGUCCCAUCUAGAGGCAGCCAGGAUGAUCGCUCACCACGGUGGGCUGUACCGCACCAACGCUGAGACCAAACUGCAGGGCUUCCAGGAGAGAGGAGAGAUUCUGGAGAUCUUCACCACAGAUUUCCAGAUGAGGUUGCUAUGGGGAAGCAGGGGUUCGGAGGGCAGCCAAUCAGAACGCUACGAGAAGUUCGAUAAGGUCCUGACUGCUCUUUCCCACAAGCUUGAACCACCCGUACGCCACAGCGAGCUAUAGCACCCAUCAACCCAAAUACCCCUUUACACAAUACAUCACUCACAAUGGUACGGCCUGUCUCUUCUUUAUGUUGCCUUAAGGCACGUGGAUUCAGAAUAGUCCAAUGGGAAAUGAAAUGGGGGGAGCUGGCUCACAAGGAAAAGCAAAAAAACUGGUUGGAGAGAAGACGAAAAACAGUUGGACAGAACGGAGCAUCUCAACGUACAUCCCCAGGAAAGCACAAAGGGCUUUUUCACAGCUUCUCGACAGUGCAGGAAGUAGGGUAUCCUACCCAUCUGCAAUGUACAGAGAACUACGGUGUGAGCCGAGGGUCAAACAGCUAAGAUGCAUGGGAUCUGUUUUCACUUGCACCCGCCCUGUCCUUAUGGUACCUGUUAUAGCCACGCUGUUGUAUCACUCACUUAAAGAGACAGUAACAUUUAACACAAUGUGCUUGUCCUUCAAGACACCUGGUCUAUUACCAUUAAGUGAUGGUAGCAUAAACCUAACCACAUUAAACAAUAGAUGUGCAUUAGCUGGCCUAUCAAAAGCCUUGAUGCAAAAGUUACCACACACAUUUCUAUUUUUAGAGUUGUGAGAUAAAGCGAUAAGGUUUCAGAAGAUUUCCAAAGUCAAGUCAGACAAUUUUUUAUGAGGGCUGUGAUGUCAUAAAGAGGACCCUGCCGACCAGGCCUUUUCUUACACUGUAAACACAGAAAUAUUUUCAAACGUAGCUAAAUAAUAUGAAACCAAAAUUUGUACCACACAUUUCAAUUGAAUAUUCAGCCUACUUACAAACAAAUACUUUAUUAUUGUACUAUCCAACUAGCCUACUAGCUAUGCUUUUAACCUUAUCCUGGCAUGACUCAGCCAGUGUAUUUCAACACAUAGCUAGUUAACUGGCUAAUUUCAAGCUGCAAUCGCUUACUGAGCCAUAAUUUAAGCAACAUUUUGAAAAUAGCCCACUUAAAGUAAUCGAAUCAGUUAGCAAAAAUACCAUGUGGUCAUCUUACUCAGCAAGCUAGUUGGCUAGUUUGCCUAUGUAAACAGCAUGGUUUACCAAAGGCUAACAAAUAUUGUUCAUGCUUCUGAUCUAGAAAAAUGGCCCAACUUUAAUGACUCAAAGUGUAGUUUGAGACAUAAAGAGAAUGCCCAGUAUACAGUAUGUACUGUAUAUACACUCACCUAAAGGGUUAUUAGGAACACCUGUUCAAUUUCUCAUUAA